AUGUCCGCUGACGCCGAUAUCGUCUCACCUCGCAUCAACUCUUCUAAGCUUGGCCAAUAUAACAAACAAAUUGUGCGCGUCGUUGGACGUCUACAGAUCGUUGAUGAUUCGCAUGCCAUGAUUGAAGCAAGCGACGGCGGUCAAAUCAAGCUCCUCGUCAAUCAAACAUUCAUGCCAAAGUUGCAGGGUGCGGACUUUGUUGAGAUCAUCGGCGAAGUACAGGACGCAGGGACCUUGAAGUAUCAGACACACUCAACCUUUGACGGAGGUGUUGAUCUAAAACUCGCGGACCAGGUCAUAGAGAUGUCUUUGAAGUAUCAAGGUCGUAUAUUCUAG